UCUUCAAAGCGCAUGUGGAAGAGGUAAGAAGCGGAUUGCCACUGAGGACAAAUUCAGCUGUCAGAGAAGCUAUGUUCUAACUGGAGUUUCAGUCGGCGAUCAUGGAAUUUAACGAGGACGGCGCAGUGGAAAUUCACGUUUGCUGAUCCAGCCCGAUUCGAUCAUUUUUUCGCCUCAUUCUUUCUUUUGUGAAGGCACAGUCCAGGGUGAGGCAACAUGUCAGACAAGAUGUCCAGUUUCCUCCACAUCGGGGACAUCUGCUCUCUCUAUGCAGAGGGCUCCACCAGUGGAUUUAUCAGCACUUUAGGGCUUGUGGAUGACCGCUGUGUGGUACAGCCAGACACAGGGGACCUCAACAACCCGCCCAAGAAGUUCAGAGACUGCCUUUUCAAGCUGUGCCCCAUGAACAGGUACUCUGCACAGAAACAGUUUUGGAAGGCAGCAAAACCAGGUGGAAACAGCACCACUGACACAGUGCUCCUCAACAAACUCCACCAUGCUGCUGAUCUGGAGAAGAAGCAGAAUGAAUCAGAGAACCGAAAGCUGCUAGGAACUGUUAUCCAGUACGGAAAUGUCAUUCAGCUGUUGCACUUGAAAAGCAAUAAGUACCUGACGGUGAAUAAGCGUCUCCCUGCCCUGUUGGAGAAGAAUGCUAUGAGGGUGACGCUGGACUCUGCAGGCAACGAGGGCUCCUGGUUUUACAUCCAGCCCUUCUACAAGCUGCGCUCCCUGGGAGACAGUGUGGUGAUUGGAGACAAGGUGGUCCUUAACCCUGUGAACGCUGGACAGCCUCUUCAUGCCAGCAGCCAUCAGCUGGUAGACAACCCAGGAUGCAAUGAGGUGAACUCCGUGAACUGCAACACAAGUUGGAAAGUAGUUUUGUUUAUGAAAUGGAGCGACAACAAGGAGAUUAUUCUUAAAGGGGGUGACGUUGUUCGGCUGUUCCAUGCAGAGCAGGAGAAGUUCCUGACAUGUGACGACUUCAAAAAGAAGGAGUAUGUAUUUCUCAGGACUACAGGACGCCAGUCCGCCACCUCCGCCACUAGCAGCAAGGCAUUGUGGGAAGUGGAGGUGGUCCACCAUGACCCGUGUCGGGGCGGGGCUGGCUACUGGAACAGCCUGUUCAGGUUCAAACACCUUGCCACAGGGUCUUACUUGGCUGCUGAGGUGAAUCCUGACUAUGUGGAAGAAUGUCCUGAGCCCCGAUCCUCAGUGGUGGAUUUUGUUCCCUUUAACUUCCAGUUGGACUCGGACCAUGAAGCCCUGCGAGCGCGUCUGCGAACCCCUCAAGAGAGGGUCAUGUACCAACUGGUGUCUGUCCCUGAUGGCAUGGACAUCUCCUCUAUCUUUGAGCUGGACCCAACCACCCUGAGAGGGGGGGACUCCCUGGUGCCCAGGAACUCUUUCGUGAGGCUCAGGCACCUCUGCACCAACACAUGGGUCCACAGCACCAACAACCCAAUUGACAAGGAGGAGGAGAAGCCUGUCAUGUUACGAAUUGGUACAUCAGCGGUUAAAGAAGACAAAGAGGCCUUUGCCAUAGUGCCUGUCCCCCCAGCAGAAGUCAGAGACUUAGACUUAGCCAACGAUGCCAGUAAAGUGUUAGCAUCCAUCGCUGGCAAGCUGGAGAGGGGCACUAUAACCCAGAACGAGAGGAGGUUUGUCACUAAGCUUCUAGAGGACCUGGUCUUCUUCGUGUGUGACAUCCCCAACACUGGCCAGGAUGUGCUGGAGAUCAUGGUCAACAAGCCCAAUCGAGAGAGACAGAAACUCAUGAGGGAGCAAAACAUCCUCAAACAGAUUUUCAAACUUCUCCAAGCCCCGUUUACUGAUAGCGGGGAUGGUCCCAUGCUGCGAUUGGAAGAGCUUGGUGACCAGCGCCACGCACCCUUCAGGCAUAUCUGCAGGCUCUGCUACAGGGUAUUACGGCACUCCCAGCAAGACUACAGGAAGAACCAGGAGUACAUAGCCAAGCAGUUCCGCUUCAUGCAGAAACAGAUAGGCUACGAUGUUCUAGCUGAGGACACGAUAACAGCCCUGCUCCACAACAACCGCAAGCUCCUUGAGAAACACAUCACGGCUGCUGAGAUUGACACCUUCGUCACCUUGGUCAGGAAGAACCGGGAGCCCAGGUUUCUGGACUACCUGUCUGAUCUGUGUGUGUCCAUGAACAAAUCCAUCCCAGUGACUCAGGAGCUAAUCUGUAACGCUGUGCUGGACCCUUCCAACGCAGACAUCCUCAUCGAGACUAAGCUAGUGCUGUCGCGCUUUGAGAUUGACGCUGUAACAAUCGGGGAGGCUCCCGUGGAAAUGGAGGAGGACGAAGAAGAGGUGUGGCUCUUCUGGAGGGACAACCUCAAGGAGAUCAGGAGCAAGAGUGUCAGAGAGCUGGCCCAGGACGCCAAGGAGGGCCAGAAGGAGGACCAGGAGGUGGUCAGCUAUUACAGGUACCAGCUGAACCUGUUUGCGCGGAUGUGUCUGGACCGUCAGUACCUGGCCAUCAAUAAGAUCUCUGGCCAGCUGGACGUGGACCUGAUCCUGCGCUGCAUGUCUGACGAGGACCUGCCCUACGACCUGCGCGCCUCCUUCUGCCGCAUGAUGCUGCACAUGCACGUGGACCGCGACCCCCAGGAACAGGUCACCCCCGUCAAGUACGCCCGCCUCUGGUCCGAGAUUCCCUCCAAGAUCGCCAUCGGCGACUACGACAAUGAUGGGACAACCAGAGAUGAGAUCAAGGAGAGGUUCUGCCUGACCAUGGAGUUUGUGGAGAACUACCUGAUGUCUGUGGUGUCUCAGAACAUCCCCUUCGAUGACAGAGAGAAAAACAAGCUCACCUUCGAGGUAGUUAACCUGGCAAGGAACCUCAUUUACUUUGGCUUCUACAACUUCAGUGACCUGCUGCGACUGACUAAGAUCUUAUUGAACAUCCUGGACUGUGUUCAUGUCAGCACCAUAUACCCUGUCACCAAGCUGGAGAAGGGAGAGGAAAAACAAGGCAGUAAUGUGAUGAAGUCUAUCCACGGGGUGGGGGAGCUUAUGACCCAGGUGGUCCUCAGAGGUGGGGGUUUCCUACCCGUCACCCCCACCCACCAGCCGGAGGAGGGCGUGGUCAAGACCCAGACGGAGCCGGAGAGGGAGGACAUCAUGGUGAUGGACACCAAGCUCAAGAUCAUCGAGAUCCUCCAGUUCAUUCUGAAUGUGCGACUGGACUACAGGAUCUCCUGCCUACUCUGUAUCUUCAAGCGGGAGUUUGAUGAGAGUAACCCUCAGGGUGAUGGCACACCAUCUAGUGCUAGUCAGGAUGGAAAUAAUAUGACAGGGGCUCUAGAUUUUGAGAACAUUGAGGAGCAGGCAGAGGCGAUCUUUGGAGGAAGUGAGGAGAACACCCCUCUGGACCUGGAUGACCAUGGUGGGAGAACCUUCCUGAGGGUGCUGCUACACCUCACCAUGCAUGACUAUCCUCCCCUGGUGUCUGGGGCCCUCCACCUGCUCUUCAGACACUUCAGCCAGAGACAGGAGGUCCUCAUGGCCUUCAAACAGGUCCAGCUCUUGGUAACCAGCCAAGAUGUGGACAACUACAAGCAGAUCAAGUCAGACCUAGACCAGCUGCGCUCCAUUGUAGAGAAGUCUGAGCUGUGGGUUUACAAGAGGCAGGGGGAUGAUGACGGAGGGGACGGACCCUCAGAGUCCGACCAUAAAAAGAAGGGGGAUUCAGGCAGCUCAGACAAAAAGAAGACGGAAACCACCAGCAGUUACAAUUACAGGGUUAUGAAAGAGAUCCUGCUGCGGCUCAGUAAGCUGUGUGUCCAGGAGGGAGCGUCAGGGAAGAAGAGUAAGAAGCAGCAGCAGAGACUACUGAGGAACAUGGGAGCCCACAGUGUGGUGCUGGAGCUACUGCAGAUUCCCUAUGAGAAGGGUGAGGACGUCCGCAUGCAAGAGAUCAUGAAGCUGGCCCAUGAGUUCCUCCAGAACUUCUGUGCAGGGAACCAACAGAACCAGAUCCUGCUGCACAAGCACAUUAACCUGUUCCUCAACCCAGGGAUUCUGGAGGCAAUCACCAUGCAACACAUCUUCAUGAAUAACUUCCAGCUGUGCAGUGAAAUCAACGAGCGCGUGGUGCAGCACUUUGUCCACUGCACCGAGACACAUGGCCGCCAUGUACAGUACCUCAAAUUCCUGCAGACCAUCGUCAAGGCUGAGAACAAGUUCAUCAAGAAGUGUCAGGACACCGUCAUGGCUGAGCUGGUGAACUCGGGCGAGGACGUGCUGGUGUUCUACAACGACCGUGCAUCCUUCCAGACCCUGGUCACGAUGAUGCGGUCGGAACGGGACCGCAUGGAUGAGAACAGCGCUCUGAGGUACCACAUCCACCUGGUAGAGCUGCUGGCUGUCUGCACCGAGGGAAAAAAUGUCUACACAGAGAUCAAGUGCAACUCCCUGCUGCCUUUGGAUGACAUAGUGAGGGUGGUCACCCAUGAGGACUGCAUCCCUGAGGUGAAGAUAGCCUACAUCAACUUCCUGAAUCACUGCUAUGUGGACACAGAGGUGGAGAUGAAGGAGAUCUACACCAGCAAUCACAUGUGGAAGCUCUUUGAGAACUUCCUGGUGGACAUAUGCAGGGUGUGCAACAACACCAGUGACAGGAAGCAUGCAGACACGGUUCUGGAGGGUUACGUGACAGAGACGGUCAUGAGCAUCGUCACCACCUUCUUCAGCUCGCCCUUCUCUGACCAGAGCACCAGUCUGCAGACUCGCCAGCCGGUGUUCGUUCAGCUCCUUCAGGGGGUGUUUAGGGUGUUCCACUGUAAUUGGCUCACCCCCACUCAGAAGGCCUCAGUUGAGGCCUGUAUCAAGGUGCUGUCUGAUGUGGCCAAGAGUAGAGCCAUUGCCAUCCCUGUGGACCUGGACAGCCAGGUGAACAACCUGUUUGUCAAGUCCAACAAUGUGGUCACCAAGUCCAUCCUGAGCUGGAGGCUCUCUGCUAAGAAUGCCCCCAGGAGGGACUCCAACGCCACCACGUCCGUCAGCUACAGGAACAUCAUAGAGAGGCUACAGGACAUAGUUUCAGCCCUGGAGGACCGUCUGCAUCCCCUGGUCCAGGCUGAGCUGUCUGUCCUGGUGGACGUGCUGCAUCGCCCUGAGCUGCUGUUCCCUGAGAACACAGACGCCCGCAGGAAAUGUGAGAGCGGCGGCUUCAUCUCCAAGCUCAUCAAACACACCAAACAGCUGCUGGAGGAGAACGAGGAGCGGCUGUGUAUCAAGGUGCUGCAGACUCUGAGGGAGAUGAUGACCAAAGACCGUGGCUAUGGGGAGAAGCACAUUGCCUUUGAUGAUGAGAUGGAUGUGGCUGAGCUGGCCCCUCCGCCGGCUGAGCCAGAAGUUCCUGCUGCAGAUGAGCUUGACCCCAACCAGCCCGAGAAGCAACUGGAGGACCAGAGGAGGGGUGAAGCCCUGAGGCAGAUUCUGGUGAAUCGUUACUAUGGGAACAUCAAGCCUGGGGCCAGAAGAGACAGUGUGACGACGUUCGUCAAUGGUCCUGUCCCCCCUGGAACAGAAGGGAAACCUCGAGCAGUGGUGAGUUCAGGGGCGGCCGCGGCCCGAGGGGAGCUGACCCUACAUGAGGUCCAGUGCCGUCUGGAUAAAGAGGGUGCAUCCGACCUGGUAAUUGACCUCAUCAUGAACGCCACGAGCGACCGUAUCUUCCAGGAGAGCAUCCUAUUGGCCAUCGCCCUGCUGGAGGGCGGGAACACGGUCAUCCAGAAAUCCUUCUUCAUGCGUCUGACAGGGGAAAACAAGUCAGAGAUGUUCUUCAAGGUGUUCUAUGAGAGGAUGAAGCUGGCCCAGCAGGAGAUCAAGGCCACUGUGACUGUCAACACCAGCGACCUGGGCAGCAAGAAGAAGGACGAGGAGCCCCCAGACAAGGACACGCCCACUGCUAAAGGAAAGAAAGGGAAGGUGGUGGCUACGGUGGCGGUUGCUGCGGUGACGGAGGAGGUCAAGGAGCAGCUGGUGGAAGCGUCCACGGUCACUAAGAAGGCGUUCACCACGUACCGCCGUGAGGCCGAGGCCGAGGAGCACCUGGCCGCCGCCGAAUGUCAGGGCCCCGCCAGCACGCCUGAUGACCAAGAGGGGGAGAUGAGUGUCAUCAUUACCAUCAUGCAGCCCAUACUGCGCCUCAUGCAGCUGCUGUGUGAGAACCACAACAGGGAGUUGCAGAACUUCCUUAGGUGUCAGAACAACAAGAACAACUAUAACCUAGUGUGUGAGACGCUGCAGUUCCUGGACUGUAUCUGUGGCAGCACCACGGGUGGCCUGGGGUUGCUGGGACUCUACAUCAAUGAGAAGAAUGUAGGCCUCAUCAACCAGACAGUAGAGAGCCUCACAGAGUACUGCCAGGGACCCUGCCAUGAGAACCAGAACUGCAUCGCCACUCAUGAAUGCAACGGUAUCGACAUCAUCAUCGCUUUGAUCCUCAAUGACAUCAACCCCCUGGGCAAGAAGAGGAUGGACCUGGUGCUGGAGCUCAAGAAUAACGCCUCCAAGCUCCUCUUGGCCAUCAUGGAGAGUCGCCACGACAGUGAGAAUGCAGAGAGGAUAUUGUACAACAUGAGGCCUAAAGAACUGGUGGAGGUGAUAAAGAAGGCCUACAUGCAGGGGGAGGUUGAGCCGGAAGAGCCUGCUGAGGAAGAUGAAGAUGGUGAGGAAGAGCAUGCUGCCUCUCCACGAAACGUGGGCCACAACAUCUACAUCCUGGCUCAUCAGUUGGCCCGCCACAAUAAGGAGCUGCAGGCCAUGUUGAAGACCUAUGGGGAGGGGGAUGAUGCCCUGGAGUUCUAUGCCAAGCACACAGCUCAAAUUGAGAUUGUGCGGCUGGAUCGCACCAUGGAGCAGAUAGUCUUCCCCGUGCCCAACAUCUGUGAGUUCCUCACCAACGAGUCCAAGCUGCGGGUGUACUACACCACGGAGCGUGACGAGCAGGGCAGCAAGAUCAAUGACUUCUUCCUGCGCUCCGAGGACCUCUUCAACGAGAUGAACUGGCAGAAGAAGCUGCGAGGUACUCAAGAGCCAACCACUGGUAACGCAAACACGGUUCCCUCCCAGCCCAUUCUAUACUGGUGCUCUCGCAACAUGUCCUUCUGGAGCAGCAUCUCCUUCAACCUGGCCGUACUCAUGAACCUGCUGGUGGCCUUCUUCUACCCUCUGGAAGGAAUCCGCAGAGGUACGCUGGAUGGUCACCUGUCAGCCCUGCUGUGGAUCGCCAUGCUGGUGUCCCUGGCGAUCGUCAUCAUCCUGCCCCAGCCCCACGGCGUCCGGGUCCUCAUCACCUCCACCAUCCUCCGUCUCAUCUUCUCUGUGGGCCUGGAGCCCACCCUCUUCCUGCUAGGGGCCUUUAACGUGGGCAAUAAGAUGAUCUUCUUGAUGAGUUUUGUGGGGAACAGAGGGACGUUCACACGGGGCUACAAGGCCAUGAUCAUGGAUGUAGAGUUCCUCUACCACCUCCUCUACCUGAUCAUCUGUAGUCUGGGUGUCUUCGUCCAUGUCUUCUUCUACAGUCUGCUGCUCUUUGACCUGGUGUACAGGGAGGAGACACUGUUGAACGUGAUCAAGAGUGUAACCCGUAAUGGCCGCUCCAUCCUGCUGACUGCCGUGCUGGCUCUCAUCCUGGUCUACCUCUUCUCCAUUGUUGGGUACAUCUUCUUCCAAGAUGACUUCCUCCUCAAUAUUGACAGGAUACCUAAUAAAACACUAGAGAGUGGAGCCAGUAUGGUGGGAGAUUUUCUGUCAGCAGGAGUGUGUCGGAAGGACAGCGGGGAGAACUGCUCCGCAGAAGCUGCUAUGGAUGCUGCCAUAGCCACCCAGCCGUCGGCAGUGGUGAUUGAGGACAAGGAGCGGUCGUGUGACUCCCUCCUCAUGUGUAUCGUCACUGUCCUGAGUCACGGCCUGAGGAGUGGAGGUGGUGUGGGGGAUGUUCUGCGGAAGCCAUCCAAAGAGGAGCCUCUAUUUGCUGGCAGGGUGAUUUAUGACCUACUUUUCUUCUUCCUCGUCAUCAUCAUCGUCCUCAACCUCAUCUUCGGAGUCAUCAUCGACACCUUUGCCGACCUCAGGAGUGAGAAACAGAAAAAGGAGGAAGUCCUGAAGACAACAUGCUUCAUCUGCGGCCUAGAAAGGGACAAGUUUGACAACAAGACGGUGACAUUUGAAGAGCACAUAAAGGUGGAGCACAACAUGUGGCACUACCUGUUCUUCAUAGUGCUGGUGAAGGUGAAGGACUCCACAGAGUACACAGGACCAGAGAGCUACGUCGCUGAGAUGAUCAGGGAGCACAACCUGGACUGGUUUCCACGGAUGCGGGCCAUGUCUCUGGUAUGUAGCGAUGCGGACGGGGAGCAGAAUGAGAUCAGGAGCCUGCAGGAGAAACUGGAGUCCACCAUGAAGCUAGUCUCCAACCUCUCUGGACAACUGACCGAGCUCAAGGAGCAGAUGACAGAGCAAAGGAAGCAGAAACAGAGGAUCGGACUGUUGGGUCAUCCUCAGCAUCCUCAACACGCGAACCCCCAGCAAACUGUGUGAGGCUGAGGCAAGGAAGCCCCCCCCCCCCCCCCCCCCCAUCCAGCCACAAGACCCAGGGAGAGCUACUUCUACUGCUUUGUGUUUGCAUAGGGAACAGAUUGCAGAGUCUUCACUUAGUGGUCCCUCCCGUCCUGCAUAUAUACUGUAGCUACCAAAUGUGUGUGUGAAGCGUAGCACAUUGAAUUAGCUAGUCAUAUAAUUGUGUAGGUUAGCCUACGAAGGUAUAACUCAAACAAAAUCACUCACCAUGCCCAGGCAACCCAUCCUUUUCCCAGUCCAGUUGGGAUUGGUGCCAAAUGUUUUCUAUGUAAAAAUGUAAGUGAAUUUUCAUUACAUGGCCUUUACUGGGUGAACUUGAAAUACAGCAGAGCAGGGCCAGCGUUAUGUGCGGGCUGUAGGGGGCCUGGUCUGCCCUACCGUACCUCCUUGAAAUAUUGAUAAUUUAUUUGACUUAGAAGUCAAGGACGCAUCAAUCUCAGAUAAAGCAUGCGAGCGAAACAGCGCUCCUCUGUCUGCGUAUGUGUAGACCAUGUAUCUGAUGCUGUCUGAACAAAAGGAGUAUGGCAUGUCAUACUUUUUCUGGCCAGACAGCAUCAGAUACAUGGGCUACACGUAGUAAUACAGAGUGGCGCUGUUUCACUCGAUGGUUUCAGCAGAUGGGCAGAGGUGAAGCAAGAGGGCUCACUCUCGCCAAAAAUCUGUCCUGAAUGCGUUUCUAUGGGCAUAAUAUGCAGACCUUAGCUUGUCGCCUGCAUUCCCACCUUUGGGACAAUGACUCGCACUGUUAGGGCGGAGACAUGAGCAUCUCGUCAUUAUAUACAGACAUCUGGUUUCAGCCACUUGCGAAUUACAAAGAAAAGUUGGUGGGUAAACAGUGCACUAUUCGAAUAGUAGCUUCCCCUAAAGUAAAUUGAUGUUUUGCCAAAAUUAUAUAAUGACUCCUGUCUAAAUAAAAUAAUAAUAAAUACUUUACCAGAGAUCAUGACUUAGCUACAAAGGAUCAUUAGUUUAUUUUUCUUUUAGAUAGCUGCGGAUUAUUUCAAAACACAAGUGCAUAGGCCUAUGCCUAUUUGGGCAGAGCACGUGGCAAUAUGCCUAGCUGAUUAUUGAAUUGUGGCUGUCAGCGGAAAAACAUCUAAAAUGUGUGAAGAUAAUGUGUCUUGAGUAUAAUUUAAAAUGUUGAGACAAGAAGCGGAGGGGGGUGUGGCGAAGAUAUGGGCGUCUCUCUCCAGAAUGCAUGCACUCAGCUCUUCAGAAUAUGCUCCGCUGUCUCUCGUGAAUUCUUGCACAUUCAUUGUUUCAUUGUGUGAAUGGUUUUCCCUAUGAUUUUUUAUUUUGAUAAAUUCUCCAUUACAUAUGUAACCAGUAGGCCUAGUAAAUGUACCAUUAAUCUCUGUCAUUUGGUUACAUUCAUUUCUGUUAGUGCAUAUAUUGCAGUCAUUUACUGUUCUCAUUCUGAGUGGAAACAUUGUUUACAGAGUUCACAACCUGCUACACUUGUGAGAAACAAGUUUUGGUUUAUUUCAUAACCAUCAUUUUAGGAGUUUUGUCAUUGUAUUUUGUUUUGAGUGCUGUGAGCAAUGAGAAUGUGAGUGGUUUCUCUGUCCUGAUAACGUUGAGGGAGCGCCUGAGCACGCCAACCUGCUGAGUUGAUACAAUGUUGCACUUCACUGCACUAGCAAGUCAAGACAGAUAGAUAGAUAGAUAGAUAGAUAGAUAGAUAGAUAACUCUGUGUUAAUUUCUUUAGCCUAUAAACUAUACGAAUAAAGGGAGUCGCACACUCCAUAUAUAAACUCUCAGUAAUUUAUUGGGUAAAUCACCAACGUUUCGGCGUGACUCUCUUUAUUUAUAUAGUUUAUUUGUCAUUAGUCACCACCUCCACACAAAAUACGUUUUCUGGGUGUGCGCCAGCUCAUGUUUUUUAUUAAUUUCUUUAGCCGCCAAUGGAUCACGGUGUAUCAAUGUGUCAAUUUGGCAGAGGCAGGUGCUCUUGCAUUAGUUGAAUUUUAACUUUUAGAUUUUUAUCAUUUUAAUUCAGAUUUGUAUGAUUAACCACGUAAAAAUAAAUUUGAAAAACAAAAACGUUAUUAUUGAAAUGAAACUGUUCCACGAAAAUGUGCAUAUACAAAUAAUCAUAACUUAUACGCAGAUAGGUAGAAAUGGCGGGAUAAACUGUAACCAAACUUGAAACUCACGAGCUGCCUAUGGCCUUUAUUAUAACACCCAUCAACAAAAUUUGUGAAAGCGUGUGCACACAGGAGGUCCCGUGAAAAAAAUGGACCCGCCUAUAGGAAUGAAAUGCCUGUCCAACUGAUUCGUUCUGGCGACGGCCCUGCAGCAGAGCUGUACCGGACACAGGAAGAUGUAGUCCGACGUGAAAUGGCACUGGGAGACAUGGAAAUAAAUAUCUUUUUGUAUUUACUACUGGUAUAGCAAGCAGUAUUUAAUGUCUUAUUUUUGUAUCUUGUGCAAUAUCACUACUUUAAUAUGCAAACCCCUUGGUGUGUGAAUUUAAGUUGUUCCUAAAGUUAUGUCUUAUUUAAUAGGGACAGAACUUUUUUCCACAUGGGAGCUUUAUUUUGUAUUAUUUUGCUUUUAAAUGAAAUGGGGACCUGUUGUUAGACUUCACAUAUGGAAAUGACUCCAUGUAGAAUAGCAGUUGGUUGGACAGAUUAAGUUACAUGUAUUGUUCUGGCCUUUCUGAUUUUACUUGUUUUAUUUCUUUCAGAAGGUUGCAUAAAAAGUCUUAAAUGCACUUCAUAAAGAUAGUAUAUUGUCUGAGAGCAAGUAUAGGUCUUGUUUUCAGUUUCAUUUCUGCAAAUAAGAUUGUGUCCUAUCUUUUACUAUUUUAUGGUAUUUGCUUUCUUAUGUAAACUGGCAUUUAAAGCUUUUAGGAUACUUGCUUUUCUUCAUCCAAACAAAUCUAUUAUGUAAAAUGUCAUCGUGCUGUUAUGUGUUUAUUAAUCAAAUUUCCACAUUGUCUUGCACUACAUAUUAUUAGCAUCUGUCAUCCAGGUUGAUCCUCUUGUAAUUAUAACACCUGUUAUGUGUGCCAUUUGUCCCUUUAAGACGUUUUUUGGUUCUGAUUUACUACUUGUGACAAAGCCACUAUCUUUUUCCUUUGUUUUAUCAUUCAGCGCAAAUUUCUGUUCUCAAUUCUGCUGUUUAUUUGAUAUAUGAUUAUUUAUUGGUUUGUAUUGUUGUACUUUAAACAUGUACAUGCAUUAUGUCGCUUAAGCCAUUGAUUUUUGUAUAGGGACCUAUGUUUUCAGAAAAGUAAUGUGGAAUUUAAAAGCAGUGUUACUGAAAAUGAAUGUGCAGAGGACUAAUUUGAAAGAUUUAAGCACUGUUAGAAUUGUAAAAUAAUGUAGAAUUGUCUAAUAAAAUCUAUAUAAUUCUC